AUGGCAUUCAGAGCGACGUACGAGUUGUUGCGCAACAUGUGCUUUUGGUUGUACGCAUGUGAGGACAAGAUCGAGAACAAGGAUCUCGUAUUGACCCUGGCCCAACAUUUGGGAUGGCCGAUUGGUCCCAAUGUUGAGAAAGAAAUCAUUCAUCUUCUUGAGGAGCUCAAGGAUAAUAGGCAUCAUUAUAAUCAAGAAAGAGCUGCAUUUCUAAUUCCCCACGACCAUCAGUAUUUGCAGCUCCAGAGUGUGGUUGAGGUCGUCUUUGCUAGGAAUCUCUUCGGGAAUCCAAAUCCAAUCAAUGGCAAACUGUUCUUUACACCUGGAUGGCAUCUUUUGCAACUGGGCAGGGCACUUAUCAACCAGGCCUAG